AUGACGGCCGCGUACCCCUCGACUGACCAACAGAGCUGGUCGAGCUGGAUUACGGACCUCGCCGUGACGGAUAACACUCUCAUGGAUGCUGUUGUUGGGUUUGCGGCGUUUCACCUCCGACGGUCCUCUGCCUUGGAUGAUGGCGGCAGCGGCUGCGGCAGUAAGGAUACUCACGCAGCAGCCAUGUCGGAGGCUUCGCAUACUUAUAUGGCGAGAGCUAUCGAGGCUCACUCAAGACAGAUUGUGCGCGAGGGGGUUAACGCGCAGAAUGCCCCUGUCGUAAUGGCGACGUGUACGAUCAUCAUGUUCCACACCAGCGCGAACCAGUCGUUCCUCGACAGCAGCGGUGGCGGACCGGAGGCGGAGACGGAAUAUCGAGUCCCGCAUCACUGGUUUACUCCAUUUCGCAACGUCAACGCGCUGUUAAAGGUCGCUUUGCCCGGGAUCCAGAAUAGCAGGAUAGGUCACCUCUACAAACCAGAACGACAGACCAUAUCGCAGCAAAACGAGAUAUCAGGGCCAAUAAGGUUGGGGGCGUUUGACUUUCUGUUGGAAGACCUCGACGAAGACGAGACGGAGCCGGAGACGCUGGAAUCGUAUCGUAUCGCCGUCGACAGCCUCGAUAAGAUCCAGGGGUCGGCUUUGCAGCGGGAUUUGCUACGGUUCCCCGCGCUUGUCCCGCCGCGGUUCGUCGAGUUGCUGGAGGCGCGGGACCCGAGGACGUUGGCUAUUGUUGGGUACUUCUUUAUGCUUCUAAGGAGGGCGACGCAUUUGUGGUGGGCGCAGGGGGCGGCGGAGAAGGAAUUUGAUGGGGUGAUGAACGUUUUGCCCAGGGAGUGGUGGCCGAAGAUGGCGUGGGCUAUUCAGGAGUUUGAGUGGAUUGAGAGGUGA